CCUGACCCUGAACAGAAGACUGGUUAUAUAAUCUGCCUGCUUAUCGCUCGUGCUUUGCGCCCGUCCCAUCCUCCAAGGCUUGAGCAAGCUGCCAAGCUGAGCAAGCAUAGAAGACGAGCACAGAGCACUGCGGCCGAAGCAAGAAGCCGCCGCCAUGGACACAGAGAGGAAGGUGGCUGCGGAGAAGGAGAUGAGGGAGUGGUGCGUCGCGCUCCCCAAGGUGGAGCUCCACGCCCACCUCAACGGCUCCGUCCGCAACUCCACCCUCCUAGAACUUGCAAAACAACUAGGUGACAAAGGAGUUAUUGUCUUCGAAGAUGUUAAGGAUGUGAUCAUGAAGAAUGGUAGAUCUCUCCCUGAAUGUUUCAAGCUUUUUGAUUUGUAUCAUAUACUUACAACUGACCAUGAUACAGUAACAAGGAUCGCUAAAGAGGUUGUGGAAGAUUUUGCUGCAGAGAAUGUUGUAUAUUUGGAAAUAAGAACGACACCUAAGAAAAACGAAGCCAAAGGGAUGACCAAGCGGUCUUACAUGAAUGCUGUUAUUAAAGGCCUGAAAGCAGUUAAAGCUGUUGAUGUUGUUUUAUUUGAUUCUAACUUCAGAACAAAUGAAACAUUAACUUGUACACCUACGAUUGAGUUGGGUGGUGACAUGAUGAAAAAGAAGAUAUAUGUUAGGCUCCUCCUCAGUAUUGACCGCCGUGAGACAACUUUAGCGGCAUUGGAUACUGUUAAUUUAGCCAUGGAAAUGAAGGACCAAGGUGUCAUUGGCAUUGAUCUCUCUGGCAAUCCAGUUGUGGGGGAAUGGGAAACAUACUUGCCUGCCCUACAACAUGCUAAAGAGCUAGGAAUCCCCAUCACAAUUCACUGUGGAGAGGUAGCAAACAGGAAGGAAAUCCAAGCAGUGCUGGACUUCUGCCCUCAGAGGCUGGGUCAUGUCUGCUGCCUCAGUGAUGAAGAAUGGAAGAAGCUCAGGUCACUAAAGAUUCCGGUCGAGAUAUGUUUAACUUCUAAUGUUAUGACUGGAGGUGCUCCUUCUCUAGAGCUACAUCACUUCGAUGACCUCUAUAAUGCAAAGCACCCUUUGUCCCUGUGCACAGAUGACUGUGGCCUGUUUUCAACAAGCCUCUCAAAUGAGUAUUACCUCGUUGCAGCCACUUUUGGUCUCUGCAAGUCUGAGCUGUUUCAGCUAGCUCAGGACGCAGUGCAGUUUGUGUUUGCUGAUGACGAGGUGAAGUCGUCUCUGAAGGAGCUGUUCAAGCAUGCUGAGAAGAGACUGAUGCUGUAGGCUGAAUUUAUAGUGUGUGUACGCGCCUUUUAGAUCAACAUGAGCCCAAUUGUAUUAUGUAUGAUGGAAAAAAUGUACGUAAGUCUGUAGUUUC